AUGGCGCGCUCAGCCAUGGACGCCACCCGGUUCACCGCGACGGGGCCCUACGCACACUCGAAGCCCAACACAGCGUCGACGCUGCAGUUUGCAGGGCCCCCACCCCCGAACGAGACGCCGCAGCAGAAGGUCAUACGGCUGCGGGAAGGUGCGCGGAAGGCGAAGUUAGCGCGGAUCAGCAAGUUUGAUAGGGUUGUGGCGACGGGUAGAGUGGUGGCGGAUGCUGCACAUCGGACGACGGCUUAUGGUCUCAUUUUCUUGACAGGUGCUGCUGGAUUGGUUACUGUAUUCUCCCUCGGUGACAUGAUCGUUUACAACCGCCGUAAGAAGCGCGAGUUCUUCGCCGAGCAGCAGGCAAAGCAUGCGAAAGAGCUAGGAAUGGCGCGGAUAGCUGCGGCCGAAGGCAGUGCGGAUGAGAACCAGAUACUGUUAUUGAACAGAGAGAGGGCCGCGGAGGAGGCGGAAGUUGCGAAGCAGAACCGGAAAGGCUUCUUCAAGUCCACACUACAGUACCUCUAUGGAAACCCCGAACAGCAGAAGGAGGCAGAGCAGAACGCGGCGAAAACGCCGUCCGAAUUGGUCGAAGGCCUGAGAGAGGAAGUUCACGAGAAGACGGGCAAUCUAGGGAUAAUGAAGGCAGUAGAGGAGUCGAGGAAAGAGCAGCCAUCCUCAAAAGGCGGACCAUUAGAUGAGCUAGCAGACAAUGCGGCGUCAUCGACAGCUGCAAGUACAAAAGGCUGGACGAGCUGGAUAACAGGUCGGUGAGGGGAAAAGUCGAUAUAAUUGUUUUGGCGGGGAGGUUGUCUGGAGCAGCUUGUAGCUCUCUGAUGUAUCAUAUGUCAUUCUCAGCUGUACCAUUUGGUCUUGCAUAGAAAGGUGUAUAUUGGGCAUGGAGUUCAGGUACUGGCCCUGUCAAUUUGAUAGGACGUUGCUUUUAUUCAAGGGUAUCGCAGAUGUUACAGAAUUCAUUAGUUCAGACCAAAAGCC